AUGAAUAUCAGAUGCGCUAGACCUGAAGAUCUGAUGAACAUGCAACAUUGCAAUUUACUAUGCCUUCCAGAAAAUUAUCAAAUGAAAUAUUAUUUUUACCAUGGCUUAUCAUGGCCUCAGUUAUCUUAUGUAGCAGAAGAUGAAAAAGGUCAGAUUGUAGGAUAUGUUUUAGCCAAAAUGGAAGAAGACAGUGAUGAUAAUCCUCAUGGACAUAUAACUUCAUUAGCUGUAAAGAGGUCCCAUAGACGAUUAGGUUUAGCACAAAAACUAAUGGACCAAGCAUCUCAAGCCAUGGUUGAAUGUUUUAAUGCAAAAUAUGUUUCACUUCAUGUUAGAAAAAGUAAUCGUGCUGCUCUUAAUUUGUAUACCAACACCUUACAAUUUAGCAUAUCAGAAAUUGAACCAAAAUACUAUGCAGAUGGAGAGGAUGCUUAUGCAAUGAAAAGGGAUCUUAAAUCAUUUGCAAAAAAAAGUGAAAGUCCGAGUACAGCUGAUAAAACAUAA